AGGCGUCGACCGUAUGGACCGUGAGGUGAGGGUGUCAGCAGAUGAUUGGCCGGUCACAGAUAAAGAAUGCUUUAAAACGGCCCUCCGUUCUGACCGGAGCAUCUUCUUCUGGAGGAAGACCGUCUCAGCAGCGUGAUGAAGACUUGUGUGGUCCUCGCUCUCUUCCUGAUGGCAGGUGUGUCUCUUGCAGACAUUCAGAAGAGAAUCAUCGGUGGUAGGAGGUGUACACCACAGGAAGAACAACAUUAUGUGUUCCUGGGGACAACAAACCGUACUGGUACACGUUUCAUCUGUUCUGGUUCCGUCAUUGGGAGGGGGAGGACUAGUUCCUGGGUUCUCACUGCAGCACACUGUGAUAUGGGUGGACCGUCGUUCACCGUUAAAUCGGCUGAUCGAAGUGUGGAACAGACCGUAGACAGAGCUCAAACUUAUAAACACCGCACCGCUGACGUCAUGCUGUUGAAGUUGAAGAAGCUGUCGAUACGGAAGGAGGUGAAGAAGGUGUUCACACGGAAGAAGCUGAGCCAGCCCAUGACUCCCAUCCCCCUCGCCACUGGUGUUGAAUGUCGUACUCUCAGGGACCACCUAAACGCCAACAACCCUGUAACGUUUCGUAUUACUGCUCGGGACACACAAGCUCGGGCAGUUUACGCCCACAACCGUACAGGAGGAAAUCCAGAUGUGACCAUGUGUGCAAACAUCACCGUGGAUAGAGUGGGACCUGCUAAUAUCGUCCUCCAACAUACCGGUGCAGAACAAACCAGCCACAACGAGCGUUUCUUCGCUCGACCUUCUGCAGGCUGCCGCAUGUCCAAAGGGGAUUCUGGUUCAGGAUUUAUUUAUAAUAAUGCUCUGUAUGCAGUUUUUAAAGGAGUAAAAAUCUGGUACAUUGGAACCUCGGUGAUCGAUCGCGAAAAUAUUGCAUUCACCAUCUGUGACACCGACAUUCGUCGAUGGAUCGAUCAGACUAUGAGGGCUCGUUUUUAAGUGUCCCAGUUGUGUGACAUUUGCUUGUGAGCAACAAUAAAGAGACCUCAGGUCUCCUUA